AUGCCAGGGCUGAUUAACUGGGCCACCCUCUCCCGGCUGCCCCUCAUUGCGUCCGAGGUGACCUCCUGUGUCAGCGGCUAUGCCUUUGGGAUGACAGCCCUGCUCACCUACCACAACCCCGAUCCCCAGGCUCUGGAAGGUCUCUUUGUGUACCCCUUGGACGAGGGCACAACUGUCGUGGGCUUCGAGGCAGCCGUGUCACGGCGCACUGUGACAGUGCAGAUCAAAGACAAAGCCAAGAUGGAUGACACCUACUUCAACAGCUGCAGCCUCCCCCCUGGAAGAGCUGGUGAUGGAAGGCUUAUCAUGGAUGAGGACCUGGAGAGGAUUGUUUUUGUGGCCAACCUGGGCAUGAUUCCUCCCCUGGAAAGUGUCUCCAUCUUCAUCAGCACCUCCUCUGAGCUGCAGACACUCCCCAGCGGGGUGGUGAGAGUCCUUCUGCCAGCUGUGUGUGUCCCCAGGGUCUCCCAGGCCAGCCUGGAGAAUGCCAGCAGCUUUUCCAGCCACCAGCUCCAAACGUUUAUUUGGAUUUAUCUCACUGGCAGGGACAAGCACCCCUGUGGAUUGGGGAGCCCGGAGCAAGGGAGCAGGUUCUGCCUGACUCAGCUGCUGGACAGUGAGGCCACCAACCCCUUUGAGUAUGAGUUCAGCUUCCAGCUGGAGAUCCGGGGGCCGUGUUUGCUGGCAGGAGUUGAGAGCCCCACACACGAGAUCCGAGCAGACGCCGACCCCUCAGCUCGCUCUGCCAAGAGCAUCGUGAUCACGCUGGCCAACAAACACACCUUCGACAGACCCGUGGAGAUCCUGAUCCACCCAAGUGAGCCCCACGUGCCCCACAUCUUAAUGGAAGAGGGUGACAUGACCCCUGCAGAGUAUGAACGACACCUGAAGGGGAAGAACGAUUUCAUUAAAGGCACUAAGAAAGACCCCAGUGCCAAGAAAAAGACGGAAAUCAUCAGGAAGAGGCUGAACAAGGACAUCCCCCACCACCCUGUCAUCAUGCUCAACUUCUGCCCUGACUUGAGGACGGUGCAGCCAGGCCUCCGGAAAGCCCAGGGAGAGUUCAUCUUCCUGGUGGACCGCAGUAGGAGCAUGAGUGGUGUGAACAUCAGCCGUGCCAAGGAUGCCCUGCUGGUCAUUCUCAAGAGCCUGAUGCCAGCAUGUCUCUUCAAUGUCAUUGGGUUUGGAUCCACCUUCAAGACCCUCUUUCCUGUCAGCCAGGCCUAUUGUGAGGAGAGCCUGCUCAUUGCCUGCCAGAGCAUCAGGAGGAUCCGGGCUGAUAUGGGCAGCAUCAACCUCCUGUCCCCCCUGAAGUGGCUCGUCCGCCAGCCCACCCACAGGGGCCACCCCCGGCUGCUCUUUCUGCUGACAGCCGGGGCCGUCAGCAACACCGGGAAGGUUCUGGAGCUGCUGCGGGACCACUCCUGCUCCACCAGGUGCUACAGCUUUGGUGUGGGGCCAAACGCCUGCAGGAGGCUGGUCCGGGGUCUGGCUGCUGUGUCCAGGGGCGUCUCCGAGUUCCUGGAGGAGGAUGAGAGGCUGCAGCCCAAGAUGGUCAGGUCACUGAAGAAGGCGAUGGCGCCGGUCCUGAGUGAUGUGUCCGUGGAGUGGGUCUUUCCUGAGAGCACCGAGGUCUUGGUGUCCCCUGUCAGCAGCAGCUGCCUGUUCCCUGGUGACCGCCUGGUCAGCUACGGUGUCAUCUGCGACACCUCCCCGUACCUCUCCAACCCCAGAUCUGACAAGAGGCGGCAGUACAGCACGAUGCAUUCCCAGGAGUCGGGCAGCUCUGUUUUCUUUCACUCCCAGGAGGAGGGAGCAAGCUUGGAGAGCUGGAACCACUCCAGAGACUCGGAGGGGUCCUGCCCCGCCGAGUGCUCCCCUGAGCACCUGGGCGUGGGCAGAGAUCCCGGGGCAGAGUCGGACACGGACACGGGAAAGGACGUGCAGGCUCUGUCCAGGCGGCGGGCGUACAGCACCACCCAAAUCUCCGAGCACGAGCCUCGCAGGAAGGUGCCCACAGCCAGCGACCCUGGCACAGCCCUGGUGAAAAACCCCCUGAGGAAAACCCACCUGCAGGACCUGCAGCAGCUCAGCCCCGAGCCCUGCCAGGUGGAUUUCCAGCCCCUCCCGGCCAUCCCGCAUGCCUCUGCCGCCAGGAUCCGUGGCACAGGCGCCCGGCGCCCUGCCCUGCUCCAGCACAGCUGUGUGUCCUUCUGCCAGGACACCGCCCCCCCGGCGCUGCCGGACGGGCUGCAGGAAGCCCCGGCAAGGGGCUCGGAAGCACUUGGGGCCAUCAGGAGCCUGCACUCCUCAUCGGACAGCCGGAGCCCCGGGGAUCUGGAGUCUGCCCAGCAUCCAUCCCUCACUUUUGAGACAGAGACCUCCUCUGACUGGGAGCCCCAGGACCUGGAUGUGGGCGCUGCCUGUGGCUCCCCACGCUCCCCCAGGACCCUCUGCAAGGCAGUGGUGAAGGGCCUGAGGAACAACGAGCCUGUGCAGUGGGAAGUCACGUUUGAUAUCCACCCUCUGUUCCGUGAGCGGGAGAGCCAGGAGGAUGGUGACACUGACCUGUGGAGUGAGACCUUCCACCACCUGGCAGCCAAGUCACUCAUCCAGGACUUGGAGCAGCUCGCCGACAGGGAGUGUGAAAUCGAGCAUGGGUCGGGGCGGCGGUUCCAGCUCAGCGCUGUCCACACCAGCAAGGCCUGCAACAUCAUCAGCAAGUACACGGCCUUCGUGCCCGUGGACCUGAGCACCAGCUCCUACCUGCCCACCCUGGUGCAGUACACCCACACAGGGGCAACAUCCAAGCAAGGCAACCAGAGGAAACAGAAGAGUUCAGGAAGCAGAAGGCAUCGUGGCUGUUCCCCUGGACGUCCUCAGUCAGCAUGUGGCCAGAAUGGAGACUACAGAUUUAACAGCAGGAAUGCUGAGGAGAGCAGCCCCUCGCCCUCCAGCACCCCGUCCUCGUCUGCCUGGGAGCGCUGCCGUGUCCCUGAAGGGUCUCUCCACAGCCUGUCUGCUUCCUCUGCACAAGCCCAAAAAUCCAUUGAGAGGCUCUUUGCUGCCAGGCUGACCCUCAAUAAAACCAUGCUGCUGGUUCGAGCUGCCAAAGGCUUCAUGAGUAAAUCUCCAAGCAGAGGGAGCAAAGCCAGCUCUGAGGGUGACAGUGAGAGCAUGGACUACCUUCCCCUGGUGUCCCUGCAGCUGGCCUGCGGUGCCUUCCUUCUGAACUCAGCCUUCUGCGACGCCGUCAACAUCCCCAUGGAGAAGCUGAAGCGGACGUCGCCCUUCGCCUGCCACCGCCUGUCCCUCAGCCCCUCGGGCUCGUACAGCACCCAGAGGAGCAGUCCCUCCUCGGAGCACCGGCUCCUGAGCCGCGCCCAGCCGCUGCCGGGCCCCAGCGGGCCGGGGCAGGGCCGGGCCGGGGCAGCGGUGCCGGAGGACACGGGCCGCCUGCGGCUCCUGUCGGGCAGCGCGGCCGAGAGCGCCUGCAGGGCCCUGCAGGCCGAGAGGGAGCCGCGGGCCCCGGCCAUCACCAUCCGCAGCUUCUCCUCCCCCGCCGGCAGCGGCCGGGGCUGGGACACCGCCGGCUCCGAGCUGCAGGCUGUGCUCUCGGCCGCGGAGCUGCAGCAGCAGACGGAGCCCGAGGGGAUGCUGUGGGCCACGGCCGUGGCCCUGGCCUGGCUGGAGCACAGCUCGGCCUCCUACUUCAUCGAGUGGGAGCUGGUGGCUGCCAAAGCCAGCCUGUGGCUGAGCGGGCAGGACUUCCCGGAGGGAUCCAGCCUGGCCGCGGUGAGGGCUGCAGCCCAGCAGCUCUUUGUGCUGCUCCGUCACUGGGACGAGAACCUGGAGUUCAACCUGCUGUGCUACAACCCAGGCAGUGUGUAA